CAGGUUUCUCUGGAUGACAGCUGUGAAAGUCCACUAUCAAACCGGGGUCCAGUAUAUCCCGUGCAGGUACCCAACACUGCUCAUCAGGGUCGUAUCCCUCCCAAUCCACGAGGUACUGGAGUACACCUCCAUAUCUCCAGGAAUCCAGCAACCAACGGACAGCGAACGCAGGUGCUCUGUCUAUCUCCCUCGGAUGGGGUAGUGUGAUGUCCAGCGUAGCCUUGUCCAAGGGCCCGGACAUGAAAAGAACGUGAGGCUCUCAACCUGGGGGGAAAAUCCAAUUUAUAAGUCACUUCGUUAAGCCUUUUCAGUAUUUUGAAAGGACCAAUGGAUUUAGGGAUCACUUUUCUACUUCCCUCAGAAGCUCUGAAAUCCUUGGUAGACAGCCACAUUCUAUCUCCAGGCUGAUAGAUGCGGGUUUCACCUCUAUGGCGGUCAGCUUUCUCCUUAUUUUUUCUUAGUACUUCCUCAUCUGCUGGUGGGUUUCCUUUUAAAUGCUUUCGCUUCUCUGCAUCCAAGCAUCAACAGCUGGUGCCAUGGUGCUUAGACCAGUCUGAAGAGUUGUUUUUGCAAAAGAGUCUGAGGAAUUUCCCCAGUUCCUGGUUCAUUCACUCACAUUGUCCAUUCGAUUGCGGAUGAUACCCAGACUGAUUCACACACCCAGGGGACUGAUUGAUCUCCCAGGGGAUUCUGGUAGAUUGAGUCCAAAUAGAUUUCAGAGCCGAAGGGACUUGUGACAGAUAGAUUGUGCCAAAAUACCCGAGGGCUGAAAAAAAAUCCACAAAUGAUCCAAAAUAUUAUUUUUUCAAAAUAUCAGUGCAUAGAAUCAUUGCUUCCUGUGAGAUACCAUGUUUCCUAUCACUGUAUGAAAGAUGCACAACACUUCUUUUAUUGUUGGAUUGCUCAGAGCAGUUUGGAUGAGUCAGUGCUUAUAACAUAAUAUAGAUGAUUAAAUUGUUAAAGAGUCACAAUGAAGCAUGUCUAAUGUAUUCAGUACAUUCUUAUUCAAGGGUUUACUUGUUCAAUAAUGCAAUCUGUGAGACAAACCAAACAAAAAUCUAUACAUUCUUGGUAAGUUCUUUACAUAGCAAAUAAACGCAGCAUCAUUUCAGAACAUUCAGAGCAUUCAAAAAGCACUUCAUUAAAGAAGAAGAUUAAACUACAUAAAUAGCCCAAUUUUGUUUGACUUUAAAGAGUUAAUAUUUAGUGAACUACUGAAUUUGCUCUGAUAAGAAAAAAGCUUGAAGUUGCCUUCAGUUUCUCUGCCGUCUCCUGAAUAUUUAAUAUCCAUGCUUUGUUCCAUGUCUAUGAUAUUGAAUUCAUUACAGUCUUUUGACAAAUGAGGCAUUUGCUGUGGCUCUUGAUGGACAAAUUAUUUGAAUUUCCAUUUCAUCAGUGGGUCUCAGUGUUAGGUUUGUGCUUUAUGGCUGUGGUCUUGACUAAAUUCAGUACAUUAUUAUUUUGGUCUGUUAAAAUACAGUCAUUUAGUAAAUUAGGCUGCAGGUCUAGUCAGAGACAAAAGGCUCUUAAAUGGCUCUUGGCUAACUUCAUUACCACAGUGCAGAGCAUCACACUGUAAUUUUGCGAUACUGCUGCCACCAUCAGGUGAAAGGAAAAACUGCAGUAUACUGGCUGGCGGACCACUUUUUACACACUCUUAAACAGAAGCCACAGGCCAGUUGAAAUCUGACUGUGGGCUGCAUUUGGCCCUGGGGUUGGACUUUGUACACCCCUGACAUACAACUGAAGUUCACAGUUUUUCACACUGAUUAUCAUUAAUAUAAUCAGAAAUGUGUGUUAGAAUCAUUUCCUUACAUGAACUUUAACAGCAGAGUCACGUUUAUAUCAGCAUUUGUAUUUGAUACUGUUCUAUGAAGACGAUAAUGUAGCUAUCAAUAAACUAUUAGUAAUUGGUCAGCAGGAAUAUUAAGUGAAUGUGUUAUUACUGAGUUUUAUUACUGAAAUCAUUAGAUUACAUUAAAAUAUGUUGCAGACAAUCAGUAAAAAGGGUGUCUUAACAACUUGAGUAUCGAUAUUCUGCGAUCCAGAAAGUGAGCACUUUAUCAUUAUUAUAAAGGGCCUGAAGGUGUAACGGAUAGUAGCAUUUUUUUUGAUGUAAACAAUAUCAUCUUGUCCUUCUAUCAAAAAUACUGGAUUAUGGUUUGUGUUAUUGUGUUUUUUCAGUGUUUUAAAAGUUGUUUCUUUCUCUCUGAUCUGAUUCUCCUCCACUUGAUGAUAGUCUUUGUUUUUCAGUGGGACAUGGGAGCAGAGACUGAAAAUGGAGGAGUCUGUUCUGCUGACCGAAUUAAAGGAGGAGAGUCUCUCUCUACUGCAGAACUUAAAGAGAUUAAUUGAAGAAAUGAAAGCAGAGGAGGAAAAGCUGAAGAGAGCUGAGACUGAACUGGAGAACACAGUCAAACAAACACACAGUAAAGAAGAAGAACAAAAAGAGAGAGAGAGACCACCAGAGAGAUCAGUCUGGAGAUCAGAGAGAUGCAGGAAAGAAGAGUGAGAGAAAGAGUGGAGAUGAGACAAAGAGAGGAAGAGGAGAUCAGAGGAGAGAUGAGAGCUGUUGUGGAUGAUUUGAGGAGCUCAGAGGAAGCAGUUAAAAAGAUAAAGGAGAGAAUAAAACAGCAUGAAAAACAAAAAGAUGAAUGUAAGCGAAAGUUAUCAGAGGAGAGAAAUGAGGAGAAGAGGAGAGAGCUGGAGAGAGGAGAGGAGAGAGAAGAUGAGCAGAUGAAGGAGGCUGAAGAGGAGCUGAAGAGGAUGCAGGAGGAGAGGAGGAUGAUGGUGAAGAAGCUCAGACUGGAGAUGGAGAUCAGAGAGAAGAAUGCGGUAAAAGCAGAUACACACUUCAUCAGGAAGCUGCCUGAACUCAUUACUCAGACUGUUAUAACAAACAGACAGAAAGAGUUUGAUAGAGAGAUAAAUGAAAAAGAGAGAGAGUUAGAAGUUUUCUUAGACGAACAUACAAAAACAAUAGAGAACAAAAAUAAAACAAUAGAUGAGAAGAAUGAACUGCUGAGAGAGAAGGAGACUCUACUGGAGAUCACAGUGAAAGAGGGGGAAAGCAGUAAAAAGCAGCUGGAGACUCUGAGAAAGGAACUGCAGGACAAGAGCAGCAAACUACAGGAGAUGAUGAUCCUACUGGAACAACAGAAAACUGAACUCACCCGUCAGCAGAAAGAGUUAGAAGAGAAAGAACAACAACUGAAACACACAGCACAACAGAAUUCAGACCUACAGACUGAAACUGAAACACUGACAACUCUCAUUUCAUCACAGAUGACUGAUUUAACUGAAAAGACUAAACAGCUCAAAGAAACAAAACACAUUCUAUCUGAGAGAGACAGACAGCUAAUGGAGAGAGAAAAACAAGUGGAGGAGAAAGACAGACUUCUGACAGAAAAUACAACAACACUUCAGAUGAAGGAGAAGAUUUUAGAAGAGAAACACAAACUUCUCACAGAGACACAAGAUGAACUGAGACAAACAACAAAGACAUUAGAGAGUCAUAGAAUACAAAUGAAAGAAAUGGAGAAAAGACUUGUGGAGAAAGAUGAAGAAUUAAAAGAGACAAAACAAGAACUGAAAGAUAAUAACAUAAAACUGAAAGAUAAAGACACGAUUAUAAAUACAUUAUUAAAGGAAACUAAUGAAAGAUUAGAAAGUGUUAAUAAACAGCUUAAAGAUAAAGACUCACAACUGGAGAAUCAGAUCAAACUGCUGAGAGAGAAAGAGACUCUACUGGAGAUCACAGUGAAAGAGGAGGAAAGCAGUAAAAAGCAGCUGGAGACUCUAAGAAAGGAACUGCAGGACAAGAGCAGCAAACUACAGGAGAUGAUGAUCCUACUGGAACAACAGAAAACUGAAGUGAGUGAAAAAGACAAACAGCUUGAAGAGAAGGAGAGACUUCUAAGUGAGAGAAACACACAGCUAAUGGAAAGAGACAAGCAGGUUGAGGAGAAAGACAGACUUCUAGAGGAGAGAAACAAGCAGCUGCAGGAGAGAACAGAUCCAGACUCAGCAGCUCCAGCCAGGAGGAGAAACAGCAAAGACUUUAUACCUCCAGACUUCAGUGGAGAGACUCCAGACUCAGCAGCACCACUCAGGAGAAGAAACAGUAAAGAAGAACUUCCUCCACAUAUGAGUGGAGAAUCCUCUAGUUCAGCGUCUCCAGAGUCAGUUCCUGUAGCAGAGCUCAGGCUGGUGCUGCUGGGGAGGACUGGAUGUGGGAAGAGAGCAGCAGGAAACAUCAUCCUGGGCAGAGAGGAGAGGAGCCAGGCUGGAACGUCUACAGUGAGGCAGCAGAGUGAGAGCAGACAGGGGGAGGUGGCUGGGAGGCAGGUGACUGUGGUGGACACUCCUGACUGGUUCUGUCCUGGACUCUCUCUGGAGGAGCUGAGACAGGACGUGGGACUCUGUGUCCGUCUGUCUGCCCCAGGACCCUAUGCCUUCCUCCUAGUCAUACCAGUGAAGCAGUCUACAGGAGAGGAGAGAGGCAUGCUGGAGAAAAUGGAGGAGAUUUUUGGAGAGAGAUGUUGGAGGAACACCAUGAUCCUUUUCACUGUUACUGAUGAAGUCCAAGAGAAGAACAUUGAAGAGUUUAUCCAGUCAGGAAACCAGGAGGUCCAGAGACUUGUAGAGAAAUGUGGGAACAGGUUUCACUGUCUCAGCUUUAAGGAGAGUGGAGAUGGUUCUCAAAUCUCAGAGCUGCUGGAGAAGAUCGAGAAGAUGGUGGAAGGAAACAGAGAGAAAUUCUACAGCAGUGAGAUCUACCUGGAGACAGAAUCUCAGAUCAGAGAGAUAGAGAGAAGAAUUAUGAGAGAAAAAGAAAAAAUGAGAGACAGACAAGAAAGAGAAACUAGAGAGAAACUGGAGAGAUGUGAACAGGAGAUUUUCAUGAGGUUUACAGAAUCAACUACUAACUUUUAUUCAAAAAUAACUCAGCAUGAAGAGCGAAUAACUAAACUAGAGGAAAUGCUAAAAGAGGAAAGAGAUGAGAAGAGAAAGGUAGAGCUGGAGAGAGAGGUGGAGAGAGAGAUUCAGCAGAGGAAUGAGGUUCAGUUGGAGCUGGAGAGACUGAAAGAAGAGACUGAAAAGGAGAGGAGAGAGAUGGAGGAGAGACACAGACAGGAGAUGGAGGAGAUCAGAGAGACGUAUGAAAGUGAAGCCAAAAAGGAGGCAGAGAGAAUCAUGAAGACCAUCCUGCCUGAACUCCAGCAGAGAGUGUGGGAAGUCAUGACAAAGCAACAGAAAGAGUUUGAUUGUAGGAUGAAGGAAAAGGAGAGAGAGUUACAAAGACUGAGAUGGAGAUGUAGCGAGUUAGAGUGAAUCAGAGAGGGAAUCACAGCAGGAGCAGAUGAUCAUCAGGAGCACAGGAGUGGAUUAUUUAGCAGGUUAAGACAGCAUCUCCUUUGUGUAAGCACUCGGUCAGAUCAGUAAGAGCUUCUGACUGACUGUCACUCAUAGCCGAUGCGCUGAUUUGACUGAUAGUAGCAGCUGAUGAGGAGAUGAGCUCAGAAUAAGUAAAUGUCUCUCUCAGCAGUGAGAGACUCUAUGCACGUUUUUAACUUAUAUUUAAACAUGUUAUUUCAAAUAGUAAUAAAGAAAAUGAAAAUGUAUUGAAUAAAUUUUUACAGGAAUGGUUUAACCCCUAUUUUAACCCCUAGAGGGAAACAGAUAUUGUCUGUAAAAUUAUCACAAUACUGAAAAUGUAUACAAAAUAUCUACACCAACCUCAAACUCAGUGGCCGUGAGGCUGUAUGCCACCACAUUUGUUUUUGACAGAGAUGAGUUUGAGGUGUUGAUGUCAAGUCACAUGACCUUCUGAUUUGUUGAUGUGUGCCUACGUGGCUUUAAUUUCUUAAUUUUUUAAUUUGCAUUUAAUAUAGUUUACAAAUCUGCAUAUUUUCAGGAACUGCGACCCGAUCAUUACUGUCAGCCAUCAGAGUGAAGAGUAGAGUCUGAUUAUCUUCAGUUCUUCUUUCCACCCUGAUCAGAUCACUGUGUGGAGGGAAGAACAGAGAGAGCAGAGAUCAGACUGCUUCACUUACUGUCCUUAAUCACUGAUUCAGGAUCAGCUCUUAGGACUGCAGUGAAUGUGGAGCAGCACAUUAGAAAUGGAGGUUCUGUGAGCAGCUCCAGUUGCUGCUGCAUUACAUGGAGCAUGUAGAGCUUCAUGCAGCCUCUGGCUGGAAACAGUGUCUGAUGCCUGAGCUUGUUCAGUUUGAUCAAAGUGCAGCGUGGAAAGCAGCUGAGUGAGAUAAUCAGAUAUCAGCUGUUCAGAGAGAAUCACACAGAGAAGAGGAGAGAGAGCCUGGAGUGACAGAGAGGAGAGAGAGCCUGGAGUGACAGAGAGGAGAGCAGGAGUGCUGAAUGAUUAUUAAAGAUGAUUUAUAAUCUACACUGUAGAUAUGAUGAAUAUUAAAUUGUUUCCUGGGAGUGUUAAGAAACUUACUUGUAUAUACAAUUUACUUUCCCUAAAAUGCACAUUUACUGGUAAAAUAGUUUAAUACUGUGAUGAUUUAAGCAUAUAGAUUGUACAGUAUCAGGUAAAGGUGAUUUAUAAUACACACUGUAGAUACACUAUAUAGCCAAAGUAUGUGGGCACAAGAGGUGUGGAUUCAAGUCAUAUGACUUGGAUUCAAUUUAGACUCAAGUCACAAAUUUGAUGACACUAGACUCAACUCAAGAAAAUUGAGAAAGACUUGGGCAUUGGCUCUCUGUUUGACCGAUUUUAACAGCUUCUGCAGGUAAAACAGCACAAUGAGGCUGAAGUUGACAUGCUAUUCACCAGCUUCAUAUUAAAAUUUAUCGUUCCACCUUAAAUGGUGCAGCAGUGAGGUGCCAGAAUGUGAAUCUGGCUCCGUUUAAGGUGGAACAGAAAAUUCUAAUAAGAAUCCGGUGAAAAAAGCUUCAGCUUCUUCCAUUCACCAUCAUUUUGCUUUCUGUAAACUUUGUUCAGCUCAUUUGAUUUGGUUUCUGUUGUCUAAAUUCAAUUCAUACUAGCGGUUGUUAUUAUUUGGCUGAGCUAGUUUUAGUGCUGAGCAAGGCUUUUAUUUUAAUCAUGUGCACCUAAUUUUUGAUGAUUUUGGGAACAUUAUCUUCAAAUCUAACUAACUAAGUUCAGUAGUACUUGUAAUAUUCUUUUUAUGCUAAGUGCACUACUCUUUCUGUAUACUAUGCCUCUCAUGGUUAUCUGUGUACGAUGUAUUUUGCAUUUUAGUUGGAAGGGUAAAAGUAUAUAUAUAUAAACAAUAAUUAUAAAUAACAUUAAUAUACAGACAUACACUGCUAACAUGCUGUCAUUAAAAGGCUAUAGAACUUUUACCAUUAGUGUUUUACCAACCAGUGUUAUGGCCUCAAAAUAGCUGAAGAAUGAAGACUGACUUUAGGACUUGAAGAUUAGGACUAUUGACUUGGGACUCGACUUGAGACUCGCCUGUACUGACUCAGGACUUGAAUCGAGACUCGACUAUCUUGACUUGGGACUUGACUCGGGACUUGAGUGUGAAGACUUCAGACUUACUUGUUACUUGCAACAUAGUGACUUGUUCCCACCUCUGGUGGACACCCCUCCUAAUUACUGAGUUCAGGUGUUUCAGCUGCACUCAUUGCUAACAGGUGGAUAAAAGUAAGCACAUAGUCAUACAAUCUCCACAGAAAGCACUGGCAGUAGAAUGAGUCCUACUGAAGAGCUCAGUGACUUUAAACACAGCGCUAUCAUAGGAUACCACCUUUGCCACAAGUCAGUUUGUGAAAUGUCUGUCCUGUUAGAUCUGCCCCGUCAACUGUAAGUGCUAUUAUUGUGAAAUGGAAGUGUCUAUGAGCAACAGCUCAACCACAAAGAGAGAGACCACACAAACUCACAGAGAGGGGCUGUCGAGUGCUGAAGCACAUAGCACCUAUUCUCUGUUGCAUCACUCACUGCAGAGUUCCAAACCACCUCAGGAAGCAACAUCAGCUCUGCUGAACUGCUCAUUCAGAGCUUCAUAAAAUGGGUUUCUAUGGAAAAGCAGCUGCACACAAGCUUAAGAUCAAAAUGGAAAAUACCAAGCAUCGGCUGGAGUUGUGGAAAGCAUUCUACGGCUGGACACUGGAGCAGUGGAAAUUCUCUGGAAUAUUCUCUGAAAUGAUGAAUCAUGCUGGAAUCUGGCAGUGUGAUGGAUGAAUCUGAGUUGGGCAGAAGCUGUGAGACAACUACCUAUCAGAAUGCCAAGAGCCAACAGUAAAGUUUGGAGGAGGAGGGAUAAUGGUUUGGGGCUGUUUUUCAGGGUUUGAGCCCCUUAGUUCCAGUGAAGGGUAAUAUUAAGGCUACAGCAUUUAGAGACAUUUUAGACUUAUUAAUUAUAUGCUCCCAACAUUGUGGCAACAGUUUGGGGAAAGCUUUUUCCUGUUCCAGCAUGACUGUGCCCCUGUGCAGAAAGUGAGGCCCAAACACACAAGCUUUGCCUGCAUAGAGCCCUGAGCUCCACCCCACUGAACACCUUUGGGAUGAAUUUAAACAUCAAUUGCAAGCCAGGCCUUGUCGUCAAACAUCAGUGUAUGAACUAAUAAAUGCUCUUCUGACUGAAUGGGCACAAAUACCCCCAGAGACACUCUGAUGUGGAAAGACUUCACAGGGUCACUAACUCCAUAUUAACACCCGGGACAUCUGACAGUGAUGCGUAUGUGUCCACAUACUUUAGGCUAUAAAGUGUAUAAUGUUUUUUGUGAAUGUUAAGAAAUGAUCUUGUAUAUAGAAAUUUAUAUAAUGGUAAAAGUGUUUUAUACAGUGAUGAUUUAAGCUUAUAGAUUGUACAGCAUCACUACAGUAUGAAGCUGAAAAUGAACUGAACUAAAUCACUAAAACUUCAGCUUCUCACACAACAGAAAUCUAUAUUCACUAAUAUGAUAAAGACUCUGUUUACACUCAGUCUAAAGCAACAUAAACAUCACCUUUAAGGUCACAAAUGAUUUCUGUGAAUUCAUAUUUGUGGAAGAAAAUAAUAUUGAAACACUACAAAUAAAAUCACCACAAAUGACUAAAAAUGAUCAAAAGUGGUGGAGUGUCCAGUCUUCUCUGCAAAGAGCCAGUGUGGCUGCAGGUUUUUAUUCCAACAAAGCAGGAGCUGAACACAAGAUCAGAUGUUUGAUCUGGAUCAGUGUAAUAAAAGAGUAGAAUCAGCAACUGCUGCUUGUUUGGCGUGAAAACCAGCAGACACACCGGCCAUUUGCAGAGAAGACUGGACACUCCUGGAUUAAUGAAUCACUGAAGAAAUUUGUUUAUGAUGUGAUGCUCUGUGUUGUGAUGUGGUUUGUGUGUUUCAACCAUUAUUCAUCAUUAUAAUUAAACAUUAUGGAUCUCCAUCUUCAUCAUGGGAUGCUGAUUUCAUGCAACCCCAACAAAAAAAGUUGGGACAGUGUGUGAAAUGCUGAUUAAAA